AUGUUGUCUCAGAAUAAAACACUGAUAAGCUCGGAGGAAGUGGCUCUUCAGAUCUUUUUGCUUUGCCAGGUUUUGGUUGGGACCAUGGGCAACAUCCUUCUGUUUCUUCAUAAUUUUUCUUCAAUCUUGUUUGACUCUCAACUUAGGCCCAUCAAGGUCAUUUUAACCAACUUAGCUGCAGCUAAUGUCUUCAUUCUCCUCCUCUUGACAUUUCCAAAUCGUAUGGUAGUUUUUGUUCCAAGGAAGCCUCCAACUAACCUCACAUGUAAACUUGCAUAUUUCUUUUACAUGGUGGCUCGAAGCACAAACAUGUGCUCCACUUGUGCCCUGAGCACCUACCAGUUUGUCACUCUUGUUCCUUGUACCUGGGCUGGGGAUUUGUUUAGAAAAAUAUCCCCCAAAGUCAUGAGCUAUUCUUGUUACAGUUGUUGGCUGUUUGCUGUCUUAAAUAAUGCUUACAUCCCAAUGAAUGUCAGUGGUCCACCGAAAACAAACAAUGACACUGAUUCUAAAGGUAAGUGGGUCUGCUCGACCUCUGGUUCCAGUGUUGGCAUGAGCUUCUUGAGAUUUGCCCAGGACAUUAUAUUCAUCAGCACCAUGGUCUGGAUGAGUGUCUCCAUUGUUACACACCUGAACAGACACCACAAGAGAAUGCACUACAUACACAAUCCCAAUCAGGACCACAAAGUCUAUGCUGAGACUAGAGCAUCCUACACCAUCCUGAUGAUGGUGGUUACAUUUGUGAACUUUUAUUUUCUAGACUGCAUUUGUACUUUCUUUCAUAUUUCUUUUGUGAGCACUCGUCUCUGGUUGAGACAUGUCAAAGAAGUUUUGGCUGUAAGCUUCCCUACCAUUUCUCCUUUACUGUUGAUCUUUAGGGAUUCUAAGGGACAUUGUGGGAUCACCUAA